UGUGGGAAGACCUUUACUCGAAGAGAUCAUCUUAUUUCUCACAAAAGAAUCCACACGGGGGAGAAACCAUAUAAAUGCAUGGAGUGUGGAAAGACCUUUGCUAAUAAUAAUGUCCUAAGAAUACACAAAAGGAUCCACACGGGGGAGAAGCCGUAUAAAUGCAUGGAGUGUGGAAAGACCUUUGCUAAUAACAGUGUCCUAACAACACACAAAAGGAUCCACACGGGGGAGAAGCCAUUUAAAUGCAUGGAGUGUGAAAAGACGUUUACUGAUCGCAGUGGACUUAAAAGCCACAAAAAGAUCCACUCAGGAGAGAAAACAUAUAAAUGCAUGGAGUGUGGAAAGACCUUUGCUAAUAACAGUGUCCUAAGAAUACACAAAAGGAUCCACACGGGGGAGAAGCCAUAUAAAUGCAUGGAGUGUGGAAAGACCUUUUCUUGGAGCAGUGACCUUCGAAGACACAUAAUGCUCCACACAGGAGAGAAACCAUAUAAAUGCAUGGAGUGCGGAAAGACGUUUACUGGUUGCCGUGGCCUGAGAAACCACAAAAAGCACCAUUCAGGAGAGAAACUAUAUAAAUGCAUGGAGUGUGGAAAGACCUUUGCUCAAAAAUGUAGUCUUAUUUCCCAUAAGAUGAUCCACACUGAAGAAGCCAUAUAAAUGCAUAGAGUGUGAAAAGAGUUUUGCUGAGAAUGGUCAUCUUCUCAUAAAAGGA